UUUGGAAACUUCCCAAAAAUAUCAGCUGUUCAAAAUUGAUGGACACUGCAUCGCAGCACAAUAUAAUCAGACAGUUGUGCUUGAUUUACUUGUAAAAACUACACUUAAAAUGAACCAUGUUUUUAUAUCAGCACUUUAUAUGAUAAACAAGUGUUCCUGUUUGCAGACGAAUACCUCGACCAGCGACGCGGAAUUUAGUGUGAUAUCAAAAAGACUUACUGUAUUCGCAAUAUAACUGGAUUCACUAAUUUGCUAUUAAGAAGUGCCUCUACCAAGAUGAAGUUUGAUGAAAUUCUGGAGAAACUUGGACAGUUUGGAAUAUAUCAGAAAAGGGUAUUCAGCUUUUUGGCUUUUCCCGCAGUGAGCAUUGGUAGCUUCUGUUUUAUGGUGAUUGUAAUUCUCUACACUCCGGAUCACAGAUGCAAGAUACCAGGAUUGGACAAUGACACAUACGAAGUUCAGGGUAAAUUUCAUGAAGAACUGCUCAAUAAAAGUAUUCCAUUAUCAGAUGAUCCGACCUUGACCUAUGACCAGUGUAAUGUUUACGAUACCGGAAGUGCAGCAUUAGACGGAAACAGCCGACCAAUAAACGCAAGUGUUUUAAAGUGUACGGAUUGGGUGUACGACAAAUCAGUUUUCAGCGAAACAUUUACCUCAAAGGCGAAUUUUGUUUGUGGAGAUGCGCUUAAAACCUCUCAUAUACAGAUGCUUUUCUAUUUUGGAGUCCUUGUCGGGGACUUUGUUCUUGGAAUAUUCGCCGACAUAAUGGGUAGAAAGAAGGCUUUAUGUGCAGCACUGGCUCUUCUAUUGGUGGUGUCUGCGAGCGUUACGUGGGCGCCAGAAUUCUACUCGUUUGCCAUCCUACAGUUUCUUAUCGGAGCAUCCGCCCAUGGGGCCUUUAUGUGUAUCGCCGUUUUUAGUAUGGAAAUUGUUGGUGUAACAAAACGGGUAUGGACCGGCAUGUUCCUACAGAUAUUCUUUGGUACUGGUGGAAUAUACUUGGCGACUGUGAGCUACCUCGCCCGGGACUGGAUCUGGAUCAACGCAGCAUGUGCUAUACCAUGUAUAUUUUAUCUGGCUCUCUGGUGGAUUAUACCAGAAUCGCCCAGAUGGCUUAUCAGUAAAGGGAGAAGACGCGAAUCAGCAACCAUUAUCCGUAAAGUAGCAGACACAAACAAAGUCACACUUCCUGAAUCAAUGCUGGAAGUCAAAGAAGACGAUAAAGGGACACAUGGGAAUCUCUGGCACGUGGUCACGAGCCCCGUACUCUUGAAGCGAACGCUUAUAUUGUGCUUUGAUUGGAUGAUAGUGAGCAUGACCUAUUAUGGCGUUACCAUGAACGCUGGGAACCUCGGCGGAAGUUUCUAUCUUAAUUUCCUGUUGAUGGGUGUGGCCGAACUUCCCGGAUAUCUCGUUGGUAUCAUCCUGCUUGACAGAAUAGGUCGACGCUGGUGUAACGCCGGAAGUCUACUGGUUGGUGGUGUAGCUUGUCUUGCCACAGUGCCAACAGUGUUACUGGCGAAAACAGAUUUGCAGUGGUUGACGAUAACUCUUGCGUUGAUAGGAAAGGCUGGAUCCUCAAUGGCGUUUGGCGUUGUGUUCAUAUUUACUGGUGAAUUACUUCCAACUGUAGUAAGAAAUGCUGCCAUGGGAUCUUGUUCUUGCGCUGCACGCGUUGGAGCCAUGCUUGCCCCUUAUAUUGCCAAAUCCGGUGAAUUGAUAGGUGGCGAGUUUGGUCAAGUAGAACCUUUAGUAGUGUUUGGAGGUUUAUCAAUACUCGCUGGUCUACUAUUACUUUUGCUGCCAGAGACACUGAAUCAGAAACUGCCAGAUACCAUACAAGAAGGAGAGGAAUUUGGAAGGAAAUCGAAUCCACCGUUUGAUAUGGAGCUAGAAGUGGAAGCGCCAUUUAUUGCAAAGGAUACAGACAGCAACAUGUAAUGGAGAGUAACACAAAUGCUAUAUGCGAUAAGAGUAUUAUGUUAGAAUGGCAGUCAACUGGAAAAUAAAAUAAAACACAAAAUCAUUCCGUCCUACAACAGCAUUUAAAAUCAACUGCUCAGUUUUUCAAUUGCUCAAUGGAUUCCUGUUCCAGAGGCUUAAUUCUUUUUUUGACAGAUUCAAUAUUUUCAGGGACAACAAUUGUUACAUUUAUCGCAUUUGACACAUAUUGGUUAAAUGCGACAUAUGGUCAUGUGAUUUCCGUUGCCGAAGAUGUACGAAAGUAUUUCAUACAUGCUAUGUUUUAGUUAGUUUGUUACAAAUCGUUGUAUGAUAUAAGAAUUUCUUUUUUAAAUGGCUAGAAGAUGGAUAUUACGGACAGAUGGUGUUAAGAUGGAUGGAUGGGUAGAUGGUAAAAGUGAACAGUCGCCUCAACGCAAACUGUUGUAUAAGCGUUGUUUCCUCUGUGUUUUGAAUGGACCUAGGUGUAAAUAUGCUGUAAUAUGUAUUUUAAGGUAGUAUUGUUUCCUUUGUUGUAUAAGGUAUGGCCUAUGUAAUUAUCUGUAAUUUUAAGACAAUU